AUGCUUCGCGGAAGCAAUAGAACGACCCUGUUGUGUGAAGAACAAACCAAGUUUAUCCUCGAUCGGAUCGGCACGGUCGAGAAGCAGUUCAGCGAGCUUUGUGGUGCGUUUGCCGAGUAUACCCGAAAGCUGGCCCGGGUUCGUGACAAAUCGGACGAGCUAGCCGCAUCCGCGCAGGAAUAUUGCGAUGCCGAGAAGUACAAUACGACCCUGGCCAAUGCGCUCUCAAGUCUCGCGAAAGCGAUCACUUUGAUCGGAGAUUUUCAGGAUGGGCGCGUGAAGCGACUGGAAACGCGAAUCGUGUCCGAAUUGGCGCAAUACGAGUCCGUAUGCAAACAUUGCAAGGAGGGCGUCAAGGAGGCAUUGCAAAUCCGCGAUAAGGACCUCACGAAACGGAAGCAACUGGAGCAGAACAAGAACCGUAACGGUCGAGGCCGGCGGACUGCCAACGAUACGGAAAUCAUCAAAUCCAAUCUGGAGGUUGAGAAGUCGCUGAAAGAGAUCGAAACGCUUGUGGGACGGUUCGAAAGGCAAAAGCUUAAGGAUGUGAAGCACUUACUGCUCAAUUUUGUUAUGAUCGAAAUGAAAUUGCACACCCAAGCGGUGGAGGUUCUAUCGGCCACGUAUCAGGACAUUAGCGACAUCGACGAAAGUAAAGACCAUCAGGGAGUACACAAGGAACUAAAACGACAAAAUCGGCAAUUUAAAAAGUAUCUUCAAAGAGACACUCUUCCGGAUCGAUAUCUGCUGCAGCGCAUUAAAUCACAGUCAAUGGGGGCGCUGAAUGCCACAAUCGCCGGGUUCACGGCUGGACGCAAGAACAAAAGCCUUAGCUCUAACUCGCUCAACUCAUCGCAGGAACAGGACCAGGACCAUGCGAGUGAGCAGCAACUGAAUCAGGCGGCUCAUAAGCAUGCUUCCAGGCGAACCAGCCGAUCGGCGGUGCAACAAUCGAUCGAGUCCUUGGAAUCGGUGAAACGCGAUGUAUCGACGGAAUCGAAAACAUCUUCCGAAGAGGAGGACGACGACAGUGAGGCCAGCGAUACGGAAACCGGCGAUUCCGACCCGCCAGUGACGCUGGCCAAGGCGGCCGGUGGUACUUUGGAGGGUGGGAAAAAGAGUCAGGCGGAUUCAUCGUUUAAAAUUAUUAAACUUAAAGAUUACAAUCCAUAG